AUGAGUUGGUUUGAUGCCACUGGAUUUGCCAAUUUGGCCAAAUCUGCUUUGAAAGAAGCUCAAAAGACAAUUGAUAAAGCACUAGAUAUCAAAGAUGAGGAUCAAAAACCAUUGGAAGGUCAUACAGAGGAUACAUCAGACUUUUUUGCAUCAUGGGGAAUAAAAGGUGAUGAACCACAUCACCGUGAAAAGCCUAAGGAAACUAAACCAGAUACCACGAGUAGUAUAUGGGGUAGCUUCACUGGAUCGUUCUUUGAAUCACAAAAAUUUCAUGAUGCAAAGCACAGAUCUGCUACCCAUUCCAAGUCUUUGCAAAGUACACCUACUGAAAGUGGGAAAAAACUUGUAUCUUCAUUGUCGUUUUCAGAAGAUUAUAAAAGUAAGAUUUCAAGUCCUUCAGAGGAACCUAAAAAGAUGGAAAUUUUCAAAGAAAAGAAUGUUCAUGAUGAGGUGCAAAGUGUUCUUAGUCCAGAUACUGUUGAAACAUCUAGUAAUAUUCCAAAGCAAGUGGAUCCUUGUGAUACCAUUGCUACAACAAGUGCAGCCUCUAAUAAAGAUGAAGAGAUCAAUGAUUGUCCAAGGAAUAACAUAGAAACACCUAAUAUAAUUGAGCCUUCCCCAGGUCAAGAAAAUGUUGUUAAAAAUGAAGAUGAAACGUCUGAAAGUGAAAAGAAAGAAAAUUGUGAGCAAGAUUCAGAUUCUACUGCUUCUAUAUCAAACAGAUUGUCUAUUGUAUCUCCAGAGAAUGAUAAGAAGAGUCUAGAGAGUGUCGAAGUUCUUGGUUCUCGAUCUAGCACCGAUUGUACGACUACUCCCGAGUCCGAUGGUAGUUCUGUUAGUAAUUUACCAAGCUCUUCUGCUGUGGGUACUAAAGUUAAUUCUGAGUCAGUAGAGGUGCUACCAGAUAGUCUAGUUACAUCUCCAAGCUCUGUAGAAGUCUUAGGAGAUUGGAAAAGCGAUUCCAGUCCAUAUUUAUCUCCAAUGGAUCCAAGAAACUCCGAAUCAUCUUCUUUGCUAGAUAGAGAUGACUCUGUAACUCCUUGUUGGGAAGACAUCAAUGUUCCACAGGUCAUCAAUAAAGAAAAUUCGGCACAUCCAUCGUCUUCUGAUAUUUCUCCAUAUGAAUCUCCCAUGGAAGAAGUUAAAACACCCCAUGGAAAUUCAUGUGUAAGCAGUAUGGAUAGUACACCGUCGACAGGAACGUAUUCAGGCACAGGACCACAUGUAUCCAAAGGUUUAUCCAGUGGACAUGCAAUGAAAGUUUCACCAGAAAACGUAGAAACAGUACCUUACACGGACGAGCUGGACGAAGCGAGUUUGGGGGAAGACUCGUGCACUUCUGCCUCAGAAAGUACUGUCACGACGAUAUUAGAAACACUACAGCAGAAGGAACAAGUCAAGGGUAAAAUGGAAAUUCCUAUCGAGAUUUCUACAAGUGGAAAAAUGCAUGAUUCGUACCCUGAUGGCAAACUGACGUUAAAAAAAGGCAGUACAGAUUCACGAGUAAAUAUGAGCUUAGACUCCCUAAGCGAAAAGCAUAAUUUACACUUGCCAAUUGAAACAAUCACAACGCAGCCUAUCCAUAAGCCAGAGUAUUUCGAUGGAACUGGAAAAAAAUCUGAAACCGAUCUAACGAAUUUCAAUCGAUUAAUAAAUUCCACCAUAGAACCCGCGGAACCGGAACCUUAUCCAUCUAACGAGGUUGCCCAUCCAUUUAGGUCGGAUACUGUAGAAGUUCCGGAUCAGCAUUUGAUCUCGACAGACUCAAGUUGCGAGGGAACCUUGAUGGAGAGUAGUUCAGAGGAAACUCAGCAGAUGAUUCGUAAAUCAGAUGAAAAAAAUGUAGACGCACCCUUGAACUCUAGUUCCUACGUGAAAACGAUGUUGGAAGACGCGAUGAUAGAAAAGGGUGGUGGUGGGAUCAUCGAAGCGGAAAUACAGGGUGCGGAAAUGCCUCGAGAAAAUUCACCUAUUUCGUCGGAAAGUCGAUCCGACCUGGUUAAGAUUGGCUCGGAUCAGACAAGCGGGCACACUAGUGGAGAUGAAUUAGAAACCACUACUUCCAGCGAUAUCGAAAUCAUAUCCAGUCCAAAUGGUGAUUCGAGCUCAACGCAAACACGACAAAGUCUGACAAAGCAAUUAUCCAAAGGCGGUGAUUUUUUAUCGAGGACGUUAAAAAGUAAAGGACACUCGAGAGACUUGAGCGAAAUUAGCGUAGGAUCUGACGAGGCAAACGUGGAAAUAGAAAAAUUAUUAAAACGUAUACAAGAGAUGACAGAAAUAUUGGAAGCCAGGGAAUCGAAGCUCAUUGAUGUUAGUAGAAUGAAUAUGGAAUUGCACGAGCAAAAUAGUAAUUUGAAAAAGCAACUUGAUAGUUUUGAGAAAUAUGCAGAGCAAAGUCAAAACUUGAAUCAGAUCACGGACGAAUACACACAACGACUAUCUGCUUUAGAAAGAAAAUUUCAGCAAGCGAUACGAGAACGAGAUUCGUUGAGGAAGAAUUUAGAUCAAUUAAAAGUAGAAGCGGCUACGCGUUUGUCUUCUCAAGAAAUGUCCACUCUAAAUGCUGAAAAAGAUGAAAUUAUCAAAGAGCUUAGAGAAGAAGGAGAAAAAUUGAGCAAGCAACAACUUCAACAUAGUAACAUUAUUAAAAAAUUACGAGUUAAGGAGAAGGAAAGUGAUAUUUUAAUAAAAAGUCAAAAGGAGCAAAUAGAGGAACAAACUUCUGAAUUGGAACGUUUGAAAAGAUCAUUGCGGGCAAAAGAGGAAGUUGAGCUAUCUCAGAUAGAUGCUGUUUAUUCUUUAACAGCACGAACAAAGACGCUGGAAAAAGAAAUAGCGACUUUACAAAAACAAUUAGAAAGUACCAUGCAAAAUGCGGAUAUAUAUAAAAAAAGCUUAGAUUCUACGAAAAUGGAGUUAACUGAGACAAAGAAACUUUUAGCCACUACAGAAGCGGAAUUAAAGGAGGCAUCAACUAACGCUGGAGAAUCGUGUCAACUAUUAGUGCAAAUAGAAGAAUUAAAAAUCAAGUUAAGGGAAUCCGAGGAAAUGCACGUGAAAAAGGAAGAGUUUUUCAAGCAUGAAAAUAGCGAAUUACUAAAACGUUUAGAAGCAUCUGAAGCUAGGUGCGAGGAACUCUCAGAAUCCACAUCAAUGGCUACGAAACCAUUAUUAAGACAAUUGGAACAACUUCAAGCAAAUUUAUUACAUAAAUCUAAUAGCUUUAUGAAACAGGAGAAAGCAUUGUCCGACAAGAAUAUGGAGUUGCAGAUAAAAGUGGAAAAUUUACUCGAAACAGAUCGUUACCUUAAAGAAGAGAAUGUUGACUUAAAAUCCAAGUUAUCUCAGUUAGAGGCGAAGCUUGCUGCCAAAGAGAACGAUGGUGUGCGGUUGCAAGAGAUGUAUGAUGAAUUAGUAGCGCAAAAAGAAAAGCUAACCGAACAGAGUGCGCGAUAUCUACAAACCAUAGAAUCAUUAGAACAGUCUCAUUCUUCGCAAAUAGCGGAGUUAAAUAGAGAAAUCGUUGCGUUGGAAAAUAAAGUGGCUGUGGAAAAAGCAGCUACCGAUGCAGAAAGGAGAAAGAACGCGAUAUCGGAGAAGCAACAAAAUAUCCAAGACAACGAAUUACUUAAUCCUAACACCAGUGCAGAACAAGAUCCGGUCAACACUAUAGACAGUAUUUGGCCGUUGUGCGAUCCUACUGCCGAAGACAACCCUGAAAUGUAUGCAAUGGCGUUUGACAGUAUUAGAGCGGGAUCAAGUAGUAGUACUUCAGUAUUUGAAAAUCUGCAAGCUCAGUUGAAACAAAAAGAUGGUGAAAUACAGCAACUUCAAUGGGAACUGUCGCGACGUAACAUAGAAAGAGAUGCGCUAAAUUCAUUGCUAUCUACAUUAACUUUAAAGAUCGAAGAAUUGAAUGGUAAAGUUAUGGAAGUUGCGGUUUUAGACGAAAGUUUGCGAGAAAUACAAACUAGAUACGACGCGUUGUUACAAAUGUACGGUGAAAAAAUGGAAGAGAAUGAAGAAUUGCGUUUGGAUCUCCAAGAUAUCAAAGAGAUGUACAAAGUACAAAUUGAUCAACUUUUAAAGCGUGACACAUGAAAAUUUUCACGGAUAAAGCUUAUUUAUUGGUUAAUUUAAUACAAUGGAGGUAAUACCAUAAAGAAAUUAGUAACUUACGAAGUUGCUUAAAAAAGGUAAAGGGUAUAUAAGUUGAAGAGACUGACGUAAAACUAUUUGAAUUAACGGGUUUGAAUUUGAGAGCUAACGAGGUAAGAAAAUGAAUUUUUCUAAUACACAUUU